GUACGGUGCUGUGUACUGCUUCAUGAGUUUGCACCUUCUUCAAAGAAUGCAGAAUGGACUAUUUCUGGGACGCUUGCUAUUCGUUGGGUCUCACGAACCGCCCAUCUCUGGCRUCGAUCCCGGUGUUCCCGGAAUAUUGCCAACGUGAUCUAUAUCAAUACUAUGAUGUAUCUCCCGAAAUCAUUGGACAGGGAUCCUUUGGCUACGUUCGCCGUGUGAAAUUGCUCCCCAAUGCCACCAUAAACAAAAUCGAUAACGACGGUGUUGAUUCUUCUUCAAAGGACGCCGCACUCCACAAUUGCUAUUACGCCUGCAAAACUAUUCCGAAAUCAAACCAUCACAACCGCUCACUUUUUCUUCAGGAAGUCUACAACCUAAAUCGAUGCCAAAAGGCAGCAUCAACGAGAUUGUACAACAAUGAAGACAACAGCAAUUUCGUCAUUCGCUUGGUGGACGUAAUCGAAGAUCGAUCAGCGAUUCAUAUCAUUACAGAACUCUGUCAAGGAGGGGAACUCUAUGAUUAUGUUGUAAAGGAGCACAGGCGGACCGGUCGUGGCUUGCGAGGGAAAGCCUUGUCGCCUUCUUCCAGCCAUGGUGACAACUGUGGCGACGACGACGACGACGACGAACUCCGAUGCGCAACCGUCAUCUUUCAAAUAUUGACCGCAUUCGAGACGAUCCACGAGCGUGCUUGUGUGUGUCAUCGGGAUAUGAAGGCCUCUAAUUUUGUCUUUGUGAGGAAACCCUCUUUUAUUCCAAACUCUUUGAAUCUUCGGGUCAUUGAUUUUGGACUGAGCAAAUUCGUCGGAAAAGAACCAGAAAAGGAGAAACGUGUCCAAAAAAAUGAUAAUGAACGCAAGCAAGAUGUCCCAAGCACCAUCCUCCCAGAACGAAAGUCUCCCAGUUUGAAUGCGAAUGGUGUCUCAGAAAWAACAGCUAGCUGUGAAAUCGAAGACGACAACCCCAACACUUACUCGAAACAAUUUCGUUACAUGACCAGUGGGGUUGGUUCACCAUAUUAUGUUGCCCCAGAAGUGUUGAUUCACCACCACCAACAACACGAGAGAGAAUCUUCCAUAGCGUCAACAAAACMAACCGAAGAAACUGGCAACAACGAAGAACAGGAUGAUCUUUUUGAUUCAAUAGGGGGAGGGUACACCACGAAAUGCGAUAUAUGGUCCAUCGGGGUACUGGCCUUUCUGACGUUGACCGGCACCCUUCCUGUWAUAGGAAAAGAUGAAGAAGAAACUGUUCAGAAACUUAUGGAUCCCGAGAUGGAAGUGGAUUUCUCCGACGACACGGUAUGGGAACAACACCAUUUAAAGAAUAAUGACAGCGAUAAGGCCCCAAAUGAAGACAACGAUAACAAACAUUAUAAUCACACAGGCAGMAAAGACAACAAGAGAGCGAAACCAAAAAUAUCUGCUUCGGCUCGAGAGUUUUGUGAAACUUUGUUGCAACGAGAUCCGAAGAAGCGACCGUCCGCGCGGGAGGCCUUGGAAUUCGACUGGAUCGUCAAGCACUGCGGAUAUUCGUCAUUGACACCAGCAUCGCCAACUGAUCUAGGCAAUUCGUUUGAAACUAGGUUGGAAAACCGCAGCUAUCUCGAUCGAUUGCCAUCCUUGAGUACACAAAUACCAUAAACGACGGCGUUUUGAAAUGCUAUCUAUCAUCAAAAUCAAAUGAUUUUCUCUCAUGAGAAAUKGAAGAUUCUGUUCAUUUUACUGAAGUACGUAAUGAACUUCUCAGAUCAUCUACCAUUUUUUCGUUGUGAUCAUCGAAGCAACAAAAAUAUUGUCAUUUUUUAUUGUAUUGUCGUGCUGCUUUUCGGUCUGUCCGGGUCAUUAACGUGACUUAAUUGAGUCGUGGGAUGAUUCUUCAUUAAUUCAGAUUUUCGUGACACUAAACCAAACCGUGUAAAAGAUACUGACAAGCAAAGGAUUUUUUCGACGUGCCGCAGCCGUUGCAAAAUAGAGCAUGACGAGUAGUAUGAAAUAUGAAAUACAGUACUGUUGUUCAACCCGUAUGGUAUGGUACCGUACCUGGUACUGGUAGGAAGAACAUUUUUGAGAGGGACGAGAGAACUACCGUACGGUACCGACGUGAAAGAAUUAGCAUCACUUCUUCUUGCGUCGUUUGUUCACUUUUGCACCCAACCAUCAAUCUCGCAACCCUAUUAAAAUCACCGAUUUGCAGGUUUGCCUAUGAGGCAAUCAACUGAAGUACAACGUCCACUUCCUUGAACACAGAGACUUAUCAGAAAUCGCGUUUCCCUGGAAAAAGAAACUAAAURGAAAACGAACACCCAGCAGUCUCCCCAUCUCCCGCACUCAACAACCAUUCAUCUUCCGAAUUGGAGACGAAAACUAUUGCGACUAUGGCAAACUCUCGAAAGAUUUUGAACAGUCUGGAUGAAAUCGACAAAUCAGUAUCGAGCUUUCUAUUCCGGCUUUCUUUGCCACCAGUUGUGGAAGCUAUUUACUCUGUCCCUGCCAACUUCUUUGGUUUGGUUCCAUCACUGGCCAUGCUUCCCUUGUGGCUUGCUGUAUUGGCAUUAGAGGAUGGCGUUGCCUCUCAGGAGCAAAGACCGUUCCUGCAGCAGCACCAAAAAGUCAAGAUACUCAAAAUGAUCACGAUGACGUUGACUUUCUUCUUUUUGAUGACUUGGGGGCUUUUCCUGAAAGGACACAAAGUAGUUUUGACUAAGGUUUUUGCCAAUAGUCACCUCUAUCUUGUCGCAAUCCUAUUCAAUGUGGCUUUGCUGUGGCAUACGGUUUUGCAACUUCCAGCAGAUGAUCCGUAUGCUACAUCGUCAGGGAAGGCCUUUUCAAUUUCAAUAUAUCUUCUCUUUUUAUGGCCACCGACGAUUUUGAUUAUCCUCAUUUUCAAACACAGCUUUCGGAGAGUGCGACCCGUCAUCGUGGAUAUGACGAGAAACURUGAUCGCAAUCUUUGGUUGACAAGAAAGGCAUUCCCAAGCAUGUCAUAUAUCCUAGCCAGAAACCAAGCAACAGAAUCAUUCCCAUCGGGUGACGCAACAUCGGCCGCAAUCUUCGCAAUUGCUCUGAGUAGUAUUACUCCACGUUAUAGCAUGACUGCCUGGAUUAUAUUACUCUUCACUUGUACAGGGCGUAUUUACAUACUGGCUCAUCAUUUUUUCGACGUUGUAGUGGGUAGUUUAAUUGCGUAUAUYAUUUAUCGCAUUUCAUCAUUCGYUGGUUUGGGUGUCUAUGAUAUGGAGUGGUGGUACCCACUUGCUAGUACAGUUUUACUGAUAGCAUAUGUGCAGACGCGAAUGAAAAAUAAGACAAAAC